GUUGACAUAGCCAUGCGCAUGGACAGUGGAGACCUGUUGGACUUCGUGGAGUGGGAAUGCUACGGCAUGCCGGCCACCAAGAACGUCAUCAUGUACGGCUGCUGCUCCGACCCCUACCCUGACAUCACCUACACAGUCCUGCUCCAACGCCGCUCGUCCUUCUACAUCUUUAACCUUCUCCUGCCCUGCUUCCUCAUCUCCUUCCUGGCCCCGCUGGGCUUCUACCUGCCGGCUGACUCUGGAAAGAAGGUGUCCCUGGGGGUCACCGUGCUGCUGGCUUUGACCGUGUUCCAGCUCACGGUGGCCGAGAGCAUGCCGCCGUCUGAGAGUGUGCCCCUUAUUGGCAAGUGCACACACAUGCACACACACACACAGAAUCCAUGUAUUUACAUGAAGUAACUUGUUUCCUAUCUUCUGUCUGUCACACAGGAAAGUACUACAUUGCUACCAUGACGAUGAUCACAGCCUCCACAGCGCUCACCAUCUUCAUCAUGAACAUUAAUUUCUGUGGUGCCGAAGCCAAACCCGUCUCCCACUGGGCCAAAGUCCUCAUCAUCAACUACAUGUCCAAGAUCUUCUUCGUCUACGAGGUGAGAGUGAACUGUGUCCCUGCCACCUCUUCCCCCUCCUCUUCCUCCUCACACUUUCGACAGGACUGUGAUGAGUGAUUUUGAAGGAGUCAGGCGCAGGAGGGUAAAUCACAGAACAGAAGGGUUUAUUCCAAAACACAGCGGUACGCAGCAAUGCGUAAAACAGGCUCACUGGAAAACAACAAGGCACACUGGUGAAAUAUCCCGGCGAUACAAAAUAACAGGAGCUCCACCGAGCUAAACUAACCUCCACAAUAAACAAUCACACACAAAGACAAGGGGGCAGAGGGAACACUUAUACAGGUACUGAUGAGGGGAUAUGAACCAGGUGUGUGUAAUAAACAAGACAAAACAAAUGGAAUGAUGAGAUGAGGAGCGUCAGUGGCUAGAAGGCCGGUGACGACGAACACCGAAGCCUGCCCGAACAAGGAGAGGCGACAGCUUCGGAAGAAGUCGUGACAAGGACGACUUCCACCACCACAACUUCAGCCCCCACCACCAGGCCAAAGGGAAACCGGGAGGCCACAGCGGGCAAGAGAACCAGUACCGCAACAAACACCCCAGACCCCAAACCCCUGGACCUCAACGUCACCCCAAGCCUUGACCCCAACACCACAUCACCAGAGAUGAGUAGACCCAUCUCUUCAGCUCCAAGUACGAGGGUUUUGAGUCCAACGGGAACCGCUCCCUGGGAGAUUGCUGUAAGGAGGCUCCGCCAUGCUGUCCAGAGGAUGAAAAGGCAGCCGUGGUCGCUGCUGUGGUGGCCUCAGUAAUCUUUGACCCCUGUGUGUUCUGUAGUCAUGGCAGCAGCUUACCUGGGGUGGACUCCAAGCUGGUGUGGAACGUGGAAUACAUUGCCAACUGCUUCUGGGAGCAGAGGGCCACCUGCGCCAAGGGGUCAUAG